GAGGAUUGCAAGACAUGGGCAGUGGAAGAGCUGAGCAUUGAGUGUUCUUUCAGGAAAAAGCCAUCCUAAGGAAGUUCCCUGAGGUUUGUGGUCACUGGUUUGGAAGCAGCACCAUUACCUCUCCCCGUGCUCACAUGCCAUAUCUCCAGAAUGCCCAAAGGAUCAACAAUCCAAGGCAAUGGGAACUAGAAGAGACUUCCGUUGUUUAUCAUGGUGCUGUUGAAGUCUCCUGGGGUUGACAGAUGCCGCUCCAGAAGGUUAAUAAGAUGAAGAAAGCUCUUCCAGCUGGACCGUAAGAGGGAUUAUGUCUGAGCAGCAGAUAAACAGAUUAUUCCAGAAACAGACACUGCUUUUUUUUAAAACUUCGUCACUCUUGUCUUACCACUCCAGUUCCCCGGGCUAGAAGUGUGGGCGUCGGAGGGUUCACCCAGCUCUUGCACUCUGGCACCUGUUGCACUCUGCCCAGCUGCAAUUCCAUGCAGUCCAAGGCUGGAGACACGUGAAAAAUAAAGACAUUUGGGGAUUUUAGUUCUCUAAGAAAACAGAAUUCUUCUACUUGACAAAAAUUUUUUUGUUUCCUGCAUGACUGGUCUUGAAAACUGUGAAUGAUCAAUAGACAGCAUGCAUUUGAAAACUGGAUUAAUAUUUUUGAUCAUUUGCCUUGCUCUCCAAGUUCAGGGAAGCAGAGAAAUUCCUGAUAAAAUAAACCGUGCUGAAGCCAAACAACUUGCAGUUACCUCAGGGUCAGACAAAACAGAAAGAACAACAAAGAGGUCCAGGAUAUCAACCAUCAGGCGGAUAUUUGACAUGGCAAAACACCGAACAAAGAGGUCAUCCUUUUUCUCAACUGGUGUGAAAGUUUGCCCACAAGAAUCAGUGAAGCAGAUUUUAGCCAGUCACCAAGCUUACUACAGAUUAAGAGUCUGCCAGGAAGCUGUGUGGGAAGCCUUUCGUAUUUUUCUGGAUCGGAUUCCUGAUACUUCUGAAUAUCAGAACUGGGUUAGUGCCUGCCAGAGAGAAACCUUCUGCAUAUUCGACAUUGGGAAAAACUUCAGCAAUUCCCAAGAGCACCUGGAAAUAAUUCAGCGGCGAGUAAAACAUAGAACCUUCCAGGAAAGGAAAGAUGAAAUAUCAGCAGAGAAAACAGGAGGCAAAAAGGUGGAAGACAUUCCCUCCAUUUCUACAGGCUCUCCUGGCACACCCCUCUCUCCAUAUGCACCCAAUGGCACAUUGCUCAAUGAAAUUUUCAAUGACACAAAGACUCCUGUGAAGGACCUGGGAACAAAUGCAGUCCCUGAAUUGCCUGUGGAGCAAAUGGUGGAAUUCAGUGUGACUCUCACUGAUCAGGAGUACACAGCUGAACUUAGUGACCCCAACUCCCCAGAGUACCAACAACUAGCUGCCAAAUUUCAGCUACAGAUGAAAAAAAUAUUUGAGAAACUUCCAGGAUUCAAAGAAAUCCGCGUGUUAGGAUUCAAACAGAAGAAGGAGAAAGAUGGAUCCAGCAGCACUGUAGCAAGAUACGUGGUGAACUUUGAGAGAGAUGGCUCAGAAACCAAAGGCACAGCAGAUGACAUCUCCACUAUUGGAUCUAAUAAGGUUGAAAGUGAAAAAAUUCCAAUUUCUCCAGUUGAAGAGAGGGAAAUAUCAGCAACCAAACUGACAGUAACAGACCUUCAGCAGCUGGUUGCCACUGCACUCCAUGAAGACCAGUCCCUGCCAGUGGACCUUGGAACACUUCAGUUUACUGAUGAAACUAUUAUACCACCUAGUGAAUUAGACAAUGAUAUCCAAGGUGUGGUCACUAUUCCUCUGGCAGGCCCUGAUUUGGAGGAACUCCCACUAGGUUAUCCCAGUCCAGCAACAGUGGAUCAAAGAGGAGAUGUAUUUGUUGAUGAAUUUCCAACUGAAAGCCCUGCUAUAAGUGAAGAAAUCAGCAUCCCUGAAGAAUUUAAUAAUUUUAUUACAUCUGAACCUGAUUUUCCUACCAAACCGUCCAGAGAACCAUUCCAGGACAGAUACCCAUACACCCAAGUUCUUGCUACCGACCACCCAAGUUUCACAGUGCCUUUCAGCGCUCUGGGUAGCACCAGCAGCCCUCCAAAACCAGAGGAUUCCUUUUUGCCUCCCCCAGAGGAUGACUCUGCUGGCCAGGACUCGCUCACGGGUGGCUCUGAGCCUCCAGGGGAGGCGGCCACCACGGGCAGUGUCACCACUGCCCAUCCCCUGCCUGCCACCGAGCCGGGCAGGGACGCUGCGGAGAGACAACUGACUGACACAGCACCACCUCCUCCCAGGGAACUGGACCAAGACAGCCUGUCUGGACAAGCAGUUAAGAUCAUGGAAGAACCAGAAUCAUCAGGGGAGGACAUUUUUGUUACGGCCAGCACUUAUGAAGGGUUGCCUUUCUUUACUGCUCCAAGUGGCGUCUCUACCGUGCAGCCUGGAGCUGUCAUCACCGAUGUGCUGCCACCAAUAGCGCCGCUGCCCGCAGCCACCAGCCCGUCCUACAGCCCCUCUGAGAUCAUUGAGCAGUCCCUGGAGUUACCAGGUCCCUCAGUGCCAGCCCCUGAGGGGGUUCCUGUGGAUGGCACGGGGAUGGGCGUGCAGGACCUCGCGGCCGAGCUGGAUCAGAUGGGCGCCGUCAGCACGGCGGGGCUGGACGAGGGCAGCGGCUACAUCCCAGUGCUGACCACGGAGCCCGCAGAAACCACCCCUGCCCCCGUGCUCAAGUACGUCACCACCAGCUCCAUGACCACUGCCGCCAAGGGCAAAGAGCUCGUGGUUUUCUUCAGCCUGAGGGUGACCAACAUGCACUUCUCUGACGACCUCUUCAACAGGAGCUCGACAGAAUACAAAGCACUGGAACAACAGUUCAUGCAGUUGUUACUUCCAUACCUUCAGUCCAACCUUACAGGUUUUAAGCACCUGGAAAUUCUCAACUUCAGGAAUGGAAGUGUGAUUGUGAACAGCAAAAUGAAAUUUGCCAAGACAGUGCCAUACAAUAUCACAGAAGCAGUACACUGUGUUUUGGAAGAUUUCUGUGAUGCUGCAGCUCAGCACCUCAAUUUGGAGAUUGACAGCUAUUCCCUGGAUAUUGAGCCAGCCGAUCAGGCAGACCCCUGCAAGUUCCUGGCCUGUGACAAGCUUUCCGAGUGCGUGCUGAACGAGUGGACCGGGGAGGCCGAGUGCCUGUGCAGGCCCGGCUACGGCAGCCGGGACGGGCUGCCCUGCCGCAGCCUGUGCGAGCUGCAGCCCCAGCUCUGCCUCAACGGCGGCAAGUGCGAGCUGGUGCCGGGAACGGGAGCUGUCUGCAGAUGCCCUGUACGUAGACACCAGCUUUACCAAGGACAGCGCUGUGCAAAAUUUGCUCCAGAACCCACACAACCCUUCAUUUUUAAACCUCUCAUUCUUGGCUUAGGAAGCCUUGGUUUUCUUUUCAUCAUUUUAAUUAUUAAGAUAAGAAGAAAGUGCAAAAGAAACUCUAAUUUGCAAAGUCCUACUCUCAGCAGCUGCAAUCCAGAAAAUGCUGUAAGGAUUAAUCCUGCUUUUGAACACGAUGAAUCCCUAUCUAGCUUUUGUCACACGGCUUGCAGUGUAAGUGCUUGUCUCAGUUCCUCAGAGAUCCUUGAUCACGAAGCAUUACAUGAACUUGAAAACACAAUUCAGCCUGGAGGUCACCAGAUGAGUUUACAAAACCAAGACUGACAAGUUAGUCCCUGGAAUUCUUCGUUUCCAGCAUCAGCCACACAAAAUCAAGGUCUUCAAGAAAGAAGGUCUGCAUUAUUCAAGACUGGACUUCAGGAUGAGUAUGAAAAAAAAAAAAGAUUCCUAAAGAUACAGUAUUUUGGCUCUAAAAUCAGUGCACAUUUAAAAAGAAUAGUUUUACUGAAGGAAAACAAAUGACCAAGUUGAGCAGCUUUUGAGCAUGUCUAAAAUGCCUGGUAGGAAGUCCCACUACUGAGAUGCAUGCAUUAAGUGUCUGGUGCUUACACAUCUUAACUGUUUUAUUUAAGAGCUGAGUGCUAGAAGCAGAUUUUGCUGAGAUGUGACAUUUUUCAAUAUUGUAUGUUACAACCAUUCUGGUAAAAAUCUCAGUGGAGCUUCAGUGCAUUUCUGUACCCCUCUACUAACCUUCCUUACACACACUGAUGCAAAUGGUGAAUGGAAAUUAGAGCUGUCAUUGACCAAAGGCCACAUUAAAAAAAUUUGGGAACUUCUUCAUUCCCUCUCUGAAUGCUCACAUGGCAAAUCACACAGAAGUUGCAUUUAAUUUUUCAAGGGUUUCCAUGAACAUCAGAUUCCUAUUUUUCUGUUAAUAAAUACAUAAUUUUUACAUACCUACAUAUUUACUUAGGUGUUUAAUUCUGGUGACAGAAUUCUGGUGACAGGAUUUAACCUUUUUGCUGAGGUACAAUAUGUGGAGCUUCAUCUUUUUAGAACAUGAGAUUUGUAUUCACAAGCACCCGCCUGGUAAUGAGUAGAUUAGAAUUGCACAUGAGAACCUACAUUUUAGAGUCAGUAUCCACACAAAUAAUUUUGAGAGGUUACUGUUAGUUUUUGUAGGAGAAAUCCAAGCAGACAAUGGGGGGCCAUUAAGUAUUUUGUAGGCUUAUUAAUUUAUGAAUCAACAAUCCUGAUUUGAGUAGGAGCAUUAUUUUACCCUGAGUAUCUUUUUCUUGAGUAUGUGUGUCUAUUUAUAUUCUGCACCAGUGUUGUACUCAGGCACUGGUUUGCUGCUUGGUGCACACCAGAAGUCGUACUUACAGCUCAAACUGAGCUCCUACAAAGUUCAUGACUAUCCUGGAUGACAACCCCUCAUCCAGAUGUGAAACUUCUGUGUAUUCAGGACAGCACCUGACUUUGGUGACAAAAACUCUUACUUCAUGCCGUGCAGUUACCACAGCAAAGACUGAACUUUGAUUUCCUUUCUCAAGUCCUCUCAAAAGAACGGUUUCUGAAUUCCAAACAACUGCACGGGUUUGCCUGCAAAACCAGCGGAACUGGUGACUGCGUACGGAUGAAGGCAGUGCACCAAGAACACAAGCUUGAGUUUCCACAGCUGAAAUAGUGGUUUUACUCACUCCAUUUAAGUAGGAAAGAAAAAUAAAGAAGAAACCUAAGACAUGUUUUUACACAGUAACAUUUCAGAAUAAAAUUACUUUAAAAGUACUUUUUGCAAGGAACAGGAAGUCAUCCUUGCCUAAAAAUGCUAGCUUUCACUAUUGCUCAUGUAAGCUAAGAAUGCAUUAAGAAUGCUGAUAGCAUUCCAUUUUUUUCCAUUACAAAUGUAUUUUUGUAUGUGUUUAGUGUAUUUCAACUUAUACUAGUUAUCAUUAGUCAGAUUAAAAAAUAAGUAAUUUUAAAAUGUGUAUUUUAAUAAUGAUUAUUCAUGAUUGUAUUAUCACUCUCAACAAUUAAUUACCAAAU